CGUGACGUCAUUUAUGGACGGCCCUUAACGCGGCGCGAUCGUCUCCGGCGUUCCGUGAGUCGUCGUCGUCGUUGUUGUCGUUGUUGCCCAUCGUGUUCCACGCCUCCGCUGUGAGCCGAGGGCGUUCAAACUCCGGGGUUCCAGUCCCAGAUGAGAGGCGAGUUGCGGCUGCGGCGGGGAGCGAGGCCACUCGCCCUCCAGGAUCGCACUUCCAGUGUUGGGGGGUACUUGCUAAGAGCACUUGCCCCAGCAGUCUGCUAAGACUGUACGAGAGAUCUUUGUCCCCCCUGAAUUAAAAACUAAAGCGGCUGCACAUUUUGACGUGGAUUGCUGAGAAGGUGUUAGUAGAGAAAACGUCUCAGGAACCUCGGUCAAGAAUACAGGUGAUGGUAGUAAUACCUCCGAGUUAAUAAGCAUCGUAAUGAGUCGUGAUUAGUCCAGACAGUCGAGGACAACGAGUGACAAAACGAGUGAAUACGGACGGCAUCGGGCAGGAUUUGAUUGACAGGAUGGAGAGGGGCCAAACAGCUUUGGCACCCGAUGUCGGACGAACGGCCGACGACACGAGUUCACAGGUGCAGCUGAUGGAGGAGACUGCUGUGCUUGUGGAGAACCUGCCUCGAGACCUGGACAAGGCACUCAAGGGGAAACUGCAGAAAUAUUUCCAGAGCAAGCGGUCGGGUGGUGGGGAGUGCCAGCUGAUCUCUCACCGGGACUCAACGCGUAAAGCCAUCGUGAAAUUCACCUCUAAACAAGUGCGGGACAGUGUCUUAGCUAAAGGUGAGCACGUGAUUGAGGUGUCCAGUGAUGAGAAGGUGGAGGUGCACGUCACUGCUUUCACGGCCUCACCAGCAACUCCUGCGGAGCCUGGAGCAUCCAAUAAAGAAAAGUCAAAUGAUGAGGAUUUAUCAACCUCGGCAAAUAACAAAAGUGAAGUGAGUGAAAAGACAAAGGAGAACACAUCGAAUAAAUCAACAGAUAAGCCCGAGCAACCCAAGCCAUUGGAGGAGAAAUUGAAUCCAUAUUUGCUGAAGUUUAUCACAUCGAAUGAAGAGCACAGGUCAAAGCUGGACAGAGCCCUGGCAAAAUCCAGAUGCAAAAUCAAGACGGUGAAUUUUGACACCAUCUGGCUCUUACCAGAUAAUGAGUCCAUCACAGACCACAAUGAAUGGCAAGGUUCGGUUACAAAGAUGUUUACACAAUUUACCGAGGGCUAUGCUCAUGAAACAAUAACAUGCACAGAAAAAGAAUGGAAGGAGAUAGAAAGAAAGAGUGAGCAAAAAAGUGAUGUAGAAGUUUUGUAUAUGAAUGGCAUACAACUGACGGGGAAAUCUGAUGAAGUACAAAAAGUUAAACAAGACAUCAUGAUCGAGUUUAAUCAAGGUAGUUUAUCUAUGAACAUUGAACCUCAUUAUUUUGAUUUGCUACAAGAUGACCUCUGCAGGAGGUUUCCAGAUGUACAAUUUCACAUGAAGAGCAACACAUUAUGCCUCAAGGGAGAUUCCAGAAAACUUAAUGAUGUGAAUAAAUACAUUGAUGUCAGUUUACAGGACUCCGAUAAAAAGACAUGUAGCUUUGGAAGUUAUCUGAACAACUUUUUGAGAAAAACCAACCUCAGAGCCUUGGUGCAAACGCACUUUACUGGUAAUGAAAUCAAAGCCCUUUGUGAUUUUGAUGAAAAUGAAAUCUACAUUUAUUCACUUGAGGGUCAUGCUGAAAAGGCCCAUGACAUUUUAAAUCUAAUUUUAAAGGAUCUGCUUUUUCCAGUUACUAAAAAGCAUGUAGCUGUCAUGAAAAGUGAACAGUGGAAUUUUUUCUUUCAAAAACUACAGCAAAAUGUUUCUGAGGGAAAAUAUAACUGCAUAUUUAGUACAAUAGAGCACAAAGAUGGGACCAGUAGUGCGAUUAACAUUGCAGGGAUAGCAGAGGCAGUAGAAAAGGCAGAUAAGGAGUUGACAAGCUAUUUCAAAGACAACACUGCUGAAGAAAUAAUUCAUUUUCAGAAUGAAGCAUUGUGCAGUUGCAUUAUUGAAUACAUGAAGAUCAUCGGACAUCCUGCAUUCAAAAGUGUUUCUAUAGAAAGGCACGAUUCACUGAUGGAUAUCGUUAUUAUGGGCCACAGUGAAGAGGUAGAGAAACACAAGCAGUCUAUAAAUGAUGUGGUUUCAAAAAUCAACAAAGAAGUUGGGGGAAAUGAGAAUGGGGUACCAGAUGCAAAGAGCAUCUCUAUGUUCUUAGAUACAUACAGAGGGCGUAACUCUCGAUUUCUUACUCAGAAUCAUGAAGAAUUUGCUUCAGUGGCAGAUGCUUCAGAAAGACCAACUCAACAAAGGCCUCCUGUAACAUUGCCUGGCAAGCGAUUUCUGUUUGUGCAUGAAGACGACAUUUUAAAUAUGAAUGUGGAUGUGAUUGUAAAUGCAGCAAAUGAAGAUUUAAAACAUUUGGGGGGGCUCGCUAAAGUACUGUCUGAUGCAGGAGGUACAGUCAUUCAGCAGGAGAGUGAUUCUUACGUCAAAAAGCAUGGAAAAGUGCCUAUAGGAGAGUUGGCCAUAGCGGGGCCAGGCCACCUGCCAUGCAAGAAGGUGUUUCAUGCUGUCGGACCCGAAUGGGGAGAUUACCGGUAUAAUACAUCUCUAGGAAUUAUGCUUCUUGAAAUGGUUAUCAAAAAUGUGUUAGAGACGGCUGAUAAAGAAGGUUUCAAAUCCAUUGCAAUUCCUGCCAUUAGUGCUGGAAUAUUUGCCUUUCCAUUGGAUAUCUGCACUGAAACAUUUUGCCGUGCUAUUUUUGACUACUGUAAAAGUACCCAGGAUUUGGACAUCACCCUGACUGAUAUUCACAUCGUGGAUGUUAAUCAUGAAUUUAUUUCUAAAUUGAGAAAAACUAUCGAGCUUCCAAUGAAUUGUAGGGACCGAUCAGAAGAGCAAUCAAGUAACACCCAUGAAAUGCAGGAUGAAGAAGAGGAUGCGGGCCAAAACCAAGAAUGUAAUUUUGCUAAUUAUAGCACUGAAGAUAAAGUCACUGAUUGGGAAAAUCGUAAAGCAAAGGAUGAAUCUUCAUUAAAAAUGGACGACACUGAAAACAACAUGUUUUUCACCCAUGAAGGGAGACGUAUACAAGUUGUAAACGGAAAUAUCGAAGACCAACGUACUGACAUUAUCGUGAAAUCCACAUCUGUUGCGAUGAAGCUCGACAAUGGAGGCGCAGCAUCUGCUGCUCAUCGCAAAGCUGGGCCUUCACUCCAGGAUGAACUUCACAGAAAAAAAAUUCACCUUGGUCAUGGAUCCAUCAUAAGCAUUGACAACGCACAAUCUCAUCUCUCUUACAAGAAAGUAUACCAGUAUUGCUGUGCAACCUGAUGAAAAAAACAAAUCGCAGUCUGUGCACAACAUUGUAUUGGACUGCCUGAAGAAAGCCCAUAAAGCCAAAGAGAGAUCCAUCUCCUUCACAGCCCUGGGCACUGGGAAUUUAAACUGCCCACCACAGCAGGCUGCUCGUGCCAUGAUGUCAGCUGCCAUCCAGUUCAGCAACCAGCAUAAAGAUGACA